AUGCCGCGGUCGUUCUUGGUGAAAACACACUCAAGCCACAAGAUCCCCAACUACGGGCAGCUAGAGACGCAGAGAGAAACCAAGGGCUCCUGCUCCACUUGUGGGGGGCUGGUGGUGCCCUUCCUCCCGGAUGAGGAGGCCCACUCCACGCUUGUCGGCACACCCCGACCCUGGGACCACAAUCCUGUCAUCUCCUGUCUCCCCCUGCCUCUCCCGUGUGAUGAGGAAGUGCGGGGGGCCUCGAGUCCCCAUCCCCUGGGUGUCAGUCCUGUGGAACUGGGGGCUGGCCGAGUCCCCAGCGCACCUCUCAGGGACAGCCUGAACCACCUCAACCUGCCCCCACUGCUGUUCCUGCCCAUGAGGUGGCCCCCCAUCCUGGGCCCAAGUGGAGACAAAGUUCCAGACAGACUGUGUGGAGUGGUGGGGACCUCCCGGCCCUCUGGUUGCUUAGAGUGCCUCCACUGCCACCAACCCUGUCACAACGGAGCUGGGCUGACCAGGCAUCAGCAUGUGCACUCGGACUUGCAGCCCAAGCGUCUGUUCAGCUGCAAGCACUGCGCCAAAGAGUACGGCAGCCUGGGCGCUCUCAAGAUGCACCUGCGCACCCACACGCUGCCCUGCGUCUGCGCGCUCUGCGGCAAGGCCUUCUCCAGACCCUGGCUGCUGCAGGGCCACAUCCGCACCCACACAGGUGAGAAGCCCUAUACCUGUUCACACUGCAGCCGGGCCUUUGCCGACCGCUCCAACCUUCGGGCGCACCUGCAGACACACUCCGACGUCAAGAGGUACCAGUGCAAGCGUUGUUCCAAGACCUUCUCUCGGAUGUCCCUCCUGGCACGCCACGAGGAGUCAGGCUGCUGCCCUGGCCCCUGA